AUGAAUCCUAAAGGUUAUAAGUAUUAAGUGUAAAUCCAUAUUGAAAAAGUAGAAAUGAAGAGUACUUUAUCUUUUUAAUUGUAAGUAAUAUUGAAAUGUGGUAUAUACUAUAUCUAUCAAUUAAGGGAAUUAGAAAGUUCAAACAUAGUAAUUAGCUGAUUUUAAUUAAGGAAAAGCUAUUAUUAAUGAAACACUUGCAAUUCAAACUAAUGUGUAUUAAAUAAAUGGAAUAUAUUAAGAAAAGAAAAUGGAAUUGUUAAUUUUACUCAUUACACCAAAAGGUAAUAAAAAGGCAGGUCAAUGUUAUAUUGAUAUUGCACAAUAAUUGAAUUAAUAUAAAAAUGGUAUUUCAUAAUUCCACUUUAGACAUUAAUGAAGAAUUUCUAUUAGAAAAUUGUCCUGAUAGCAAAGCCAAAAUUUAUUCAAAAAUUCAUUUAACAGAAGUUGGUGAAGUAGAUUUUGAUGCUAUUAAUCCACAGUAAUCAAUAAUUCAUGAGUAAAAUUCUGAUAAAAAACCAGGCAUUUUGACACCAUUUAAAGCAGCCCUUGAAAAUACAGCAAAAAAGUAUUUUGGUGAUAAUUAAUCUGUAUAAUCACCAAAUUUGGAAAAAUCAUCUUCUAGAAGUUAAAUAAAACAUCCUUCUGUAACAGAUGUUUCAUCUCAACUAACAUCUCCAAAAUAACAAUAGAAUUCUUGCACUGCAAUUUAAAUAUAAUCAGAUUUAUAAUAUCUUCAUGAAGAACUCAAUUAAUAAAAGAUUUUGUAUAUGGAAAUUAAAGAAUAAAAUAAUUAACUCUAAUAGGAAGUAUAAACUGAGAAAGUUAAAAAGGAGGCAUUAAUAUUUUAAUUAUAAGAAUAAAGAAAGUAGAUUGAAAAAAUGAUAGACUAAAACAUAUAUCAAGAAUAAAUAUAUUAAUAUGAAUAAUAAUUAAGUUAAAUUUAAAGUCAAUUAAGGUAAGCAUAAAAAGAUAAUGAAAACUUAACAUAAAACUAUAAAAAAGCUAUGUAAAAGUACAAUAAAUUAUUUGAGGAAUAUAAUUAAUAUUAAAAAAGUAUCAAUUCAGAUGAAUAGACUACAUCAUCCUUAAAGUAAAAACUUUAAGAAUUGUAGGAAAUCUGUAUUAAAAAAGAUUAAUUAUAUUCAGUUUUAGAGAGAUCUAAUAAUGACAGUUAAUUAAGAAAUAUCAAUUUUGAAAAUUAAAUCAUUUAAUAGAAUUAAUAAUUAUUGUUACUUAAAAAUAACCUAGAUGAAAAGGAUAUAUUAAUAAACUCAUAAAAAGAAACAUUAAAUAGUUUAAAUUUAUAGUUAUUAAAUUUAUAGAAUCAAAAUAGUUGUUUCAAUUAGAAUGAAAAAAUUCAUAAUGAAAAAGUAAGAUUUAUUAUAAUUAUUAGAUUGAAGAAUUAUCUAAGAAGAUUAUUGAUUAAUAAUAGUAAAUUAAUCAAUAAAAUAUAGAAAUUAAGAAAUAAUAAGAAGAUUAUUAAUGUUCAAAUAAUUAAAAUAUUGAAAAAUUAACUAAUGAAUUGAAUGAUAUUAAAAAUCAAUUAAUUUAAUAUUAGACUUUAUGUGAAUAACAAAAAUAGGAUCAUAAAUUAGAAAUAGAUGAAUUAUUAAAAUAAAUUUAAAUAUCAAAAUAAGAAAAACAAUAAAUAUAAAUGGAAUUAGAUUAAAAAUAUAUGGAAAACUAAUAGAAUCUAUAGGAACAAUUAAAACUAUAACAUGAAAGAGAGUAAGAACUAAUAAACUAAGUUUAAUUACUAAUACAAUAAACAAAUUAAUUGUAAUAACUGAUAAACGAUAGUAUCAGUUAGGUAUAAGUUAUGAGAAAGUUGUUUUUAGAUCCUUAGAUUGAAAAUGUUGAGACUGAUCUUCCCAAUUAAUUGACUUAAUUGAAUAGAGCAAUUAUUUAAAAAUAUUCUAAAUUAAAGUAGGAUUUAGAAUAACAUUCAAAGUAGAUAUAGGAUCAAGAAAAAGAAGAUAUUCAUAAUUCUUAUAAUCAAUAGUCAUUAAUUAUUGAAUAAUUUUAGUUAUAAACACUUGAAUUAACUUAAGCUAAAUAAAAAAUUGAUAAUCUUUAAAGUGAAAACUAACUUUUACAAUAAUAAAUAGAAACAAAUUCUUAAUUUUUAAAUAAUUUAAAUUAAUUAACUAAUAAAUAGAAUGAAAAAAUAUAAAAUUUUGAAAUUUAAAAUAAAGAGAUUAUCAAUAUAUCUAUUUAAGAUAAAUAGAAAAAUGAAUUAUUAAGUGAAUAAAUUAACAUAUUUGAUCAGUAAAAUUAGGAUCUAUAAAUUAAAUUAUAGACUUUGUAAAUAGAAAUUUUAAAUAAAGAAGACUUAAUUAAUAAUUUAUCAAGCAAAAUUUCAUAAUUAAACUAAUAAAAUUAAGAAUAAAUUAUAGUAAAUGAGUAAUUAUAAUUUUAAAUUAAGGAAUAAAUUAAUAACACAUAGUAAUUAUAGUAAGAAAAUUAAAUAUCUAAAACAUAAUUAGAUCUACAAAAUAAUAAUUUAAUUAUGUAAAAUGCUACAUUAGAAAAUGAAAUUAUUUAAUUAAAAGAUCAAAAAUCUAUUUUAGAAGAAUAGGUCAAUAAUUUGAAUAAGAAACUAAAAGAUUUAGAAAUUAUGAAUGAGUAAUAAUAAGAAAAUUAAAUUAAAAAAUAAUAAGAAUUAACAUUAUUUACAGAUUAAGAAAUUAGAAUUCAAACUGAAUAUGUUGAAUAAUAAAAUUUAGUUAAUAAAUAAUUAAAUACUUAGUAAAUAGAACAGUUAGAAAAUAAAUAAGAAAAUUAUCAAAUUUUGGAACAACAAAUUGAAGAAUUAACUAUUUAAUUGAAUCAAAAAACAUCUAUCCUCUUACAGGCCUAAAUUGAUAUGGAUUAAGUUAAAAAUCAAAAUGAUUCUUUAAUUAAAACAUAAGAGAUAUUGUUAUUUAAAGAAACAGAAAUGAAACUUUUAAUAGAACAAUUAAAAGUUGUUAGUGAAUAAUAAAAUUAAAAGAUUAAAGAAUUAGAAACUCAAAUCAAAGAGAGCUAAUUACAAUAUUAAAAUGAUAUAUAAGAGCUAUAAUAACAAUUAUUUACCGAAAAUGAUGAAUGGCUAAAAGAAAAAGAAAUAAUUUAAUAAUAUAUUGAUGAACUAGAACAUAAAGGAUUAGAAUUAGCCAAUUAGAUAAAAGAAAAGGAUGAUGAGAUUUAGAAUUAAUAGAUAUAGAAUCAAUUAUUAAAUUAAUAAUUAGAAGGUUUGUAAAUAAUUAGUGAAAGAGCAUAAUAAUUGGAGAAACAAUGUUUAGAGAAUAAAUAAAAAUUUGAAUAAUAAAUAGAUGAGAUAAAUCUGAAGAAUAUAUUAAAAAAUAAUGAUUUUAUUAAAUAGAUCUAACAAUUAUAAUAAUAAUCUUAAGAUGAUUAAGUGAAAUUAUUAGAAAUAAAAAAAUAAUUGGAAGAAAAGGAUGAUGAGAUAAAAUAAAAGGAAGGUAAACAUACUAUAGAGAUAUAAUUAAUAACUAAUAAUUAUGUAAAUCGUUUGAAAGAUAAGGAUGAUUUAAUAUAACGUUUAUAAUAAGAAAUAUAAAGUUAUCAAUAAAUUGAAUUAGAUUAAUAAAAUUUGAUUAAAUUUUUAGAGAAUGUUAAAGAGAAUUUAGAAUAACAAAAGUGUGAAAAUUUUGAAUAUAUCUAAAAUAUUUAACUUACAAAUGAAAAGAUUAUUUAAUAAUAGGAACAAUAAGAAUUAUAAAUUAACUAAUUAUAAUCCACAAUAAAAGAGUUAGAAUAAAAAAAUCAUGAAUUGGAGACUGAGAAGAUAAAUAUAUCAAAUAAUUAUCAAUAAGCAUUGAUUGAAGCAUAAUCUUUAAAUCAUACUUAAGACAAUUCUAAUGAAAUAAUUGAAAAGAUACAAGAAGAAGUAGUUUUAUUAAAGUGUCGUAUAGGAGAUAUGUUUAAUGCUGCAUUGGAAUUUGGAGGGCCAAAAUUAGUAGAUAAAUUGCAAUAAGCUUUAGGCAUAAAAGAAUGA